CUGGCUGAUCUCUAUUUCCUGCCUCAGCUUGACAAACUGGUUGACCGAUUGGUGAAACCUUUUUGACUUAUGUUCCGUGACGAGACACUAUGCUUCCAGAGCCGCGGGCAAGCUCAAAAAUGCUGUUGUAGACAGAGAUCACUGGUCAAAUCAGGCCAAAGGCUCCUUAUCACCAGUCUGUCUGCGUGCCUGCUCCCGCCGAGGCCCGGCAUCUAUCCCAGACUGACCUCAGCAAAGGCAGUCGGAGAAGGAUCUCGAGCUCACGGAGAACAGACAGGCACACAGGCCGCACAUCUGUCUGUCUGCCUUCAGAGCACAUCAAGUAGACAGACGAUCCAUCCAUCCACCCACCCAUCUCGCCAGUGAGUCGGUCCGCAAACGAAUUCAGACACUCACUAGGGGCGAGUCCGUCGGUCGGUCCGCGCACAUGCACACAACACCCUCUCACGCAGAGAGAUGAGAUCCAUGCAAGAAAGCUCCAUACAGAGAGGUGACAAGAGGUGAGGUGAGCUGCACGGGCGUACGCACACGCGUGUAUAUACCAAACACAACCAAACAAUGUGCAUGCCACGCCUGCCCCUGCCUGCCUGUGCGUCCCACCCAGUAUGCAAAAACAUGGACCGGAGGCCCCCACCGAUAUAGAAAUCGUGCAGCCGGCAUUUCUGUCCCUCCCCACUCCCCCUCCCUCUCUCCUUCCUACUCGGCCCGCCUGCCGGUUGAAAAAAGGCUGUGCAAGCAGGCGGGCGUGAGUGGCAAAGAUCGAGGGAAAGAGACAGAGGGAGGAGGUCAUGUCAUGUGCUAGCAGACGUCAGGGCCCCUGCGAUGGAUCAAGUUGCUCGCCGAGGAGGGCUCCGCCAUCUGGACACACACACACACUCAGAGGAGGUCCGUCACCAUGUGUGUGUGUCUUGUGUUGUGGAAUGUGUUGUGGGGUGCAUGCCAUGUCACUGACCUGCAGUCUGUAGGCCAGCAUGGCAUUGUUCUGUUCUGCGCGUCGCAGCUUCUCCAUCGUGGCCAGCAGCUCUUGCUUGAGCGCCGCCUCCGUCUCGCUGCCCUCAUCCACACGACGCGCCAAACUCUGCACAAACCCACACACAGAGAAAGAAAAGUGUGUGUUGAUGGUUCCCUCGUGUGCUGUGUGCUGUGCUAUGUGCGUUUGUGUGUGUGUCGCAGUUUGCCUUAUUCUUCUCGUGUAGGUUGCGAACGCCGUCACGCAGUGCUGCACAUACCAUACCAACCGGACACACACAGUGCACCCAAUGGAUGGAUGCAUCUCUCCCCCCGUCCCCCCUCCUAAUCCCUCACUCACUUCUAAUAGUGUUCUGCAUCCUCCCUACUGCCUCGGCCGAUGCGGCGGCGGGCUGGGAGGCCUCGGCCGCCUCGUGUGUGUCAGGGUGCGGGUGCAUCGACACCAGUGUCGAAGACUGCACGCUGUUAGCCAACUCUGUAGAGGGAGGGACAGGGGACAGGUGUGGGUACGGGACUGUAUGUGCGUCUGUAUGGGUGUGGAUGUGUGUGUGGUGUGUACCGACUAUGACUGGGCUAAGCUUCAUCAUGGCACUCUCGGCGUUCGGACAGCUGCACACACAACAACACAGGCAGGGAGGGGGGGAGGGAGGGAUGGAGAGAGAAUAUCCAUGCAGCCAGCCAUUUCUCGAUGCUUCCGUGGUGUGCUGUGCUGCGUUGAAUGCGUUGCUCACUCACUCCUUGAUUUGGUUGAUGAUGUGCCUCACCCACGCGUCAACGUCAAACUGCUCCAAGGGAGGAUCGGAAGACGACGCACCUGACGCACACAUAGACACACACAAGUACACACCAUCUCUUCCCAUCCCUGUGUGGCCGCUCCGGUCGGUCACCCUCUACAGCCAUCAUGGCGCGCCUCUUUCGACCCCUCUCAGCUACGGGCGAGGACGCAGCCGCCGCCGCCGCAGCAGCAGCCACGGCCCCCUCGACAACACCACCCCCACAAGCACUGGCAGAGUCCCCCUCCAUCCCCCCUCCCAUACCACCCCCAUGCACAUGCACGUUGCUCUCGCCACUAGCCGCUGCUGCCGCUGCCGCCGCUGCUGGUGGCUGUCGCGAGGCGCUCUCGUACCGCACAAACUCCCGCAGCGCCGCAGCGGUCGUCUGUAGGUCCUGGUGGGUCUCCAGGAACGCACGAGUCACCUGCAGCACGCCACACACACAUACACAGGAAGGUCACACAGUGAGGUGUGUAGUGUCGUUUGUGUGUGUCGUGAUGGGUUGAGGUCACUGACUCACCCCGAUGUGUACGUGAGGGAAGUCCCUGUUGAGCGAGUGGAGCUUGGCGGCGAAGGCCGCGUCGCCUCGGUGCGGCGAUGUCCUGGCGACGCUGCCUGGGUCGCGAGAGUGCCCACCGCUCCCCUCCUGCAUCCCCGCGUGGGCUCCAUAGUGACAGCGGGUCUUCUUGCGCUCCAUGCUCGGCGUGUGGCCGUCCAUCGGCCGCUUCAGACCGAUGACCGACGACAUCCCGACCAACACACGAAAUGAGGGCUGAGUCAGGCUUCAACUGUCUCCUCGUGGUGAUGAUGGCGGUGGAAAGGGAUUCCUGGAGAGGCCUUCCUAUGCAUCGCUGGC